AUUUCGCGCACCCUAGACUAAAAGGCUACGGCCCGUCUGGUCGCUUGUUCUCCGAUUCUAGGCCAACACACAUUCUCUUUCCAUUCUCUACCUUCUCUGACCUCUUGAACAGACGACGACAACGACGGGGGCGACGGCCGAAUUCCUCCUCCUUUCCCUAUCUUCUUCACUCGGCCCCUCUCAGCGCUUUGCGAGACAAGGAUUCGCUUUUGCACUUUCUCUUUGACAUUUCUUGCUUUGCUGUUCUACUCGUGGUUUUCGGCGCUGGAUCUCACGCGUCAGCAGCGCCUCUGCUUCGUCCGGCGUCAACUUUCUAGCACAGAAGGGCUGAGAGAGGAGAGGUGGGACAAGAGCUGGAAGCACAGAUAGAGGAGAAGAGAGAAGCCGACAUGACAACAUCACCCAUGGACACGGCCUCGCUGGUCGCGCCAAAGGCAAAUUCGGUCUACCCGCCGGAAGAGGUGCACCACAGCGCUGACAAGGCCUAUGGCGACAUUGUCAAUCCCGCACUCCACGGCAUUGGCGUGCUGGAGAAGGAUGGCAACAAUCUGGAGAGGGGAGGCAUCGACCAGCUCGAGGAAGAGCCCAUCACGGCCAUUCGCCGGUGGUGGGUGCGAUGGACAUGGUUCUGCACCUGGAUGAUCCCCUCGUUCUUCCUCUCGCGCUGCGGUGGCAUGAAACGGCCCGACGUGCAGAUGGCCUGGAGGGAAAAGGUGACGAUCUGCAUGCUCAUCUUCUUUGCAUGCGCCUUCAUCCUCUUCUACAUCCUUGCCUUUGGACGAAUCCUCUGCCCCGACUCGAACAAGGCUUGGAACAAGUCUCAGUUGUCGCAGCAUGCCGGCACUGACGACUACUACGUUGCCGUUCGCGGUCGGGUCUACGACUUGACCAAAUUCUGGAAGAACCAACACUCCGACUCGACGGACCAGGUUACCAACGAUGUCAUGCUCGAACUCGCCGGCCAGGACCUGACGGCCUACUUUCCCGUCCCUCUCUCGGAAGGGUGCGGGCCCUUUUUGGUCAAUGACACGACAGUCACACUCCAGACCAACACCAGCUCAAGCGACUACACGCCGACCGUGAUCCAGGCCGUGCACUACUCCGGCACCGCAGCAAAGGACCAAAGCUCGCGGCUGGCCGAUACCAAUUGGUAUGGAGACCGCUUCUUUCCAUAUAUGCAGAAGCACUACAAGGGCUACUACGUCACCUCAACGAAGGACGUGGCUAAGCAGGGCAACGACAAGAAUUGGGCCAUCGUCGACGGCAAGAUUUACGAUCUGAGCGACUAUGUCUGGACGAACUCUCUCAGCGUUGACGAUACCCAAACGACAUUCCUGCCAAAGGACGUUAGCCAGCUCUUUACCAGCCAAGCAGGCCAGGACGUCUCCGACGACUUCAAGACGGCCAUGAGUGCACUCGACGACCAGACCCGCGCUGCCACACAAAGCUGUCUUGACAAUGUCUUCUACGCCGGCCGUACAGACUUCAGAGACACAGCUCGAUGCCAGGUCCAGAACUACCUGCUCCUUGCCUUUUCCUGCCUUCUCGUCGCAACAAUUCUGGCCAAGUUCCUGGCCGCGCUCCAGUUGGCGCCAAAGAGGACCCCCGAGCAACAAGACAAGUUUGUCAUUUGCCAGGUGCCCUGUUACACAGAGGGUGAGGACGAGCUCCGCAAGACAAUCGAUUCGCUCGCAGGUUUGCAGUACGACGACAAGCGUAAGCUGCUGUUCAUCAUCUGUGACGGCAUGAUUGUUGGAAGCGGAAACGAGCAGUCGACGCCGAAGAUUGUCCUCGACAUCCUGGGAGUUGAUCCAAAGAUCGACCCGGAACCGCUCAUGUUCAAGUCGGUUGCCGAAGGCUCCAAGCAGCUCAAUUACGGCAAAGUCUACUCGGGUCUGUACGAGUUCGAGGGCCACGUCGUCCCUUACAUUGUCGUCGUCAAGGUCGGAAGACCCUCGGAAAGGUCCCGACCAGGCAAUCGCGGCAAGCGUGACACACAGAUUCUCCUAAUGAGGUACCUCAAUCGCGUCCACUUCGACUCACCCAUGUAUCCCCUCGAGCUGGAGAUCUACCACCAGAUGAAAAACGUCAUUGGUAUCGAUCCGGCAUUUUACGAGUACGUCCUCAUGGUUGAUGCAGACACCAGCGUCGAGGCCGAUGGAUUGAAUCGGCUGGUGGCCGUCGCAGCAGACGACUCACGAGUUAUUGCCCUCUGCGGUGAGACCAGGCUGGACAACGAGGAAGGAUCGUGGUGGACCAUGAUUCAGGUCUACGAGUACUUCAUUUCGCACCACAUGGCAAAGGCCUUUGAGUCUCUCUUUGGCAGCGUCACCUGUCUCCCCGGUUGUUUCUCAAUGUACCGCAUCAGAAGCGCAGACAAAGGACGGCCCCUCUUCAUCUCGAACCGCGUCAUUGACGACUACUCGGAAAACAAAGUCGACACUCUGCACAAGAAGAACCUACUUUCACUGGGAGAGGACCGAUAUCUGACGACGCUCAUCCUCAAGCACUUUCCCACCUUCCGCACCAAAUUCACUGCAGACGCAAAGGCCAACACGAGCGCACCGGAUCGCUGGGGUAUCUUGCUGUCGCAGAGGCGUCGGUGGAUCAACUCGACGAUCCACAACCUGGCUGAGCUGGUGACGAUGCCUGAACUCUGCGGCUUCUGCCUCUUCUCAAUGCGCUUCAUUGUCUUCAUCGACCUCCUCGGUACCAUUCUGCUCCCAGCAACCACCAUCUACCUCGUCUACCUCAUCGUCACUGUCGCGACGCACAACGCCGCCAUUCCUUACAUUUCGCUCGCCAUGAUCGCUGCCGUGUACGGUCUCCAGAUGGUCAUCUUCCUCCUCAAGCGACAGUGGCAGUACAUGGGCUGGCUUCUCAUCUACCUCUUGGCCUAUCCCGUCUGGUCCUUCUUCCUGCCCAUCUACUCCUUCUGGCACAUGGAUGACUUCUCGUGGGGUAACACUCGUAUCGUGGUUGGCGAAAAGGGCAACAAGAAGAUCGUUGCCGGUACUGACGACGAGCCGUACGACGAUAGCAUGAUCCCGCUCAAGAAAUUCAGCGAGUAUCAGCGCGACGUAUGGAUGCAACCCGACGGAAAUUCGAUGCGAUCUGGCUUGAGCGGUGGCGCCCAUAGCCACAUGAGCGGACCAUUUGGCAACGCAAAUGCUGUCCCUUACCCACAAAUGCCGACUGCUGGAAGCUACUACGCUGGAUCGGUGGCCGGGUCAGACUAUGGUGGUCAGGGUGACUACUUCCAAAACACCAACGUCCUUGACAAGUCUCGCAACCACUCGAGGCAAAGCUCUGCGGCUAACGGACUUGGCGGUGGUGGAAGCAUGUCGCGCAUUCCAUCGAUGUACGACAUGCCCGCCGGCCCGAUGCCGUCGAUGUACGGCAUGCCCAUGUACUCGAGCACAUCGAUGUUCAUGGGUGGCGGCAAUGGCAUGCCGAGCAUGUAUGGCAUGCCUCCCAUGGGUCAACCUUCUCCUGGUUCUGCCAACGGGUCUGAUAUCGGGCUUGGCACACGCAGCUCGAUGAUGCCACUCGCUCAACAGACGACGGGAGGCGCAUGGGGCUCUUCGCCUGCGAUUCCUAGGCCCACAUCGACAUUCACCACUCUCGGAGGAUCAAAUCCGUUUGCCCCACCGCCUGGAGCGGCGCCGGCUGGCGGACUGGAGAUGAAUCUGAACCCCAAUCCUACCGACGAGGAUCUCGUCAAUGCCGUCAGGACUCAUCUGGCCGCACAAACGGACCUGAUGCAGGUCUCGAAGCGGAGCGUGCGAGAGGCAGUCAUGCUUUCUUUCCCCAACGCGACGGACCUGGCCUCACGAAAGGCGAGGAUCAACCAGGCCAUCGACGAUACGCUCUCAGGGGCCGUAUGAUCUCUACAACAGAGUCCGACCCACUUCAUUUCUUAUUUCUGCAAUCACGGACAUUUCCUCACCAAUCUUGUGCAGCAUAAUCAACUGUCAGCCUCACCCACCCCUCGUUUCACGAACACUCAGAACCGCGUGCUAUCCUACUGUGUCUUAUAGUCCUCCAUCCCCCAUUCACUUCUCCCACUUCCACCCACUCCUCAGUUCCGAGUCCUUCACCCUCUCGUAUUCGACCAUGUUGAAAUGACAUGAAGAAAGCAUAAAAUGGAUCUUUAGAAGCGUG